GAAAAUCUUUCAAACCAAUCAAUAAUGGAGCUAUUUAUGUCAUUUAAUGAUACAUUUAUUAUACUGUAGAAUUUACCUGUAAAUAUACCUGAUUUUCUUGAGAAGGAUGUUAAAUAUAAAAAUCAUUAUCACUUCAGCAAGAGGUUUCUGCAAAGGUAUAAUUUAAUAUUAUAUGUACCUAUUUUCCAUUGGUAGAGCAGGUUGUUCAGCUGCAGUUGACAAUAGAGUACGAGCUUAAUGGAAAUUGAGUAGAUACCUAGUAUGCGUUGGCAUCUACAUAUAUUACUUCUAUAUGGAGCAAUGAGGAUAAAUCAUAAACACUAUCUACCUAUUUCGCUCAGUAACAAGAGGUGGGAUCUGAUAAUUUUCAUAUUAUACAGGAAUAUAUAAGCUCUAUGCAGCUCAUCUUAACAGACACAAAUCAAAGACAACUGAACAGCCUGACAGACUAAUUAUAGCUAAGCAUUGCGGAUGCGGUAUUAAAAAAGUAACUCAGCCAUAUCUGGCUAUAAACUUUGAUGAUUUAGAGAAGUGAUAGGAAAACCAGAGAAUAAACAGAACUGAUAAUCUCCCGUUCUUAUAUAUAAAAUGGAUAAUGCGAGAAAAAGCUCAUGGCGGUUAGCAAGCUGAAGAUUGGACUAAACAGAAAUGUCGAACUAUUCUGCAGGUUAUACGCAAAGUCUUGCGUCGGGUGGUUCUGCCCUACUGGACGCGAUUAACAAGGGGAAAGUUCACCUGGCUCGGUUUGUGCUUGAUGCCUCAGAGCACAAUGUUGUGAACACCAGGGAUAUCAAGGGAAAGACAGCUCUGAUGCGCGUCUGCUAUGUUAAGGAAGAGAAGACACGAUGUAAGGCGAUUGAGCUCUUGAUUGAACGUGGGUCUGAUGUUAACAUACAAGAUGACAAGGGACGUACAGCACUAAGUUACGCUGCUGAGCUUCGCUGUAAUGACAUGAUACGUCUGUUAGUCAAGAAUAAUGUUGACCCAGAUCUAGCUGAUGAUAUAGGAAUGACUCCACUUAUGUACAGUGCAAUGAUAGGAAAUGACACGGGAACUGAAAUUCUCAUCAAAUCAUUCCGACGGUUAGGCUUGAACGUGGACAGGGAGAACCAUGAUGGGCUAACUGCUCUCCAUAUUGCUGCCAAGGAGGGCCAUGUUGAAUGUGCUACUAUAUUAGCUCAAGAGGGUAGGGCAUGUGUUUCACUGAGGGAUGGACAACAUGGUCGGACAGCAGAGGAGUGGGCAAGGCUACAAGGCUGUACCACCAUGGAGAUUCAACCAUUCUCAAUCGCAGGCGUGGCUAAGUAUAGACAAGAGUUAGCCAUGAAGAUGAAUGCACGUCCUAUAGAUACAGAACACAUCCCUCAGUUGAGGAACACAUAUGACACUAAUGCGAGGAAACCUAAGAAAAAUAACAUUUCUGUUGAGGAUUUAACACAGCGCCUCUAUAACAGUGGUAUGAUGGCGGGAGGAAAUAAUCCUGUGAACAAACAACUCAGCAGUCUCUCACAUUCGAGAAUGAAUGACAAACGUGGCUCCUUACCAUCACUGGAACUCCACGGGAGACAGUUUAAAUCAUCUGAAAGGUUAUAUAAAUCUCAAGACAAUGCGCCGAAUUCUGGACACCAGAACGGUCAAUCCCCUAGUCCCAGCUUGAUUAGCCCCAGACUGAUAUUCCCUGAGACCGGAAAUGGGCAUUUGCAAAAACGACAUUUGAACACUAUUGCAAAAGGUUCUAACCACCUAAGCCCUCGUGAAUCUGAAGGUGCGAUAACUAAGGACCUCACAAGUACUUCAACUACAAUGACUGAGCUAAUGGAGGAGGAUUGGGAACGCUUGGACGGAUUCCGUGAGAAUGACAAUAUAGAUUCUGUAAGUGUCACCAGCCAGAAACUUUUACCAGGGAGAGUGAGGCACCUCUCCCCUGAUGGUAAAUCAGGAACUACCCCCAAUUCAGCGGUGACAAGUUUCUCAAGUGUACAGAGCACGAGUAAGAUUAUGUUCGAAGUAGAUGAAGACUUGUCUCGCUAUAAGACAUUUUCAAUCGGUAGAGAUAUCUAUGAUAGCGAUGAAGAAAACAUGUUACUCCCUCAGCUGGGCUAAUCAAGAGACCACGUUAUCAAUUACUUAUAUCAUGGUUCAUAAAGAUUCCAUGUAAUAUACCUAAGUGUAAUUAAGGCAUCGACACAAUGAUACUAUUGUAUAAAGGAAUUCUCUAUUAAUAGUUGUCCUCAAGGUAUGUUUCUGGUUCAUGUAUGAAUCAAGUUUGUCCUAUACAUAAAUAACUUCACUGAAGAGGGGUUCAUUGGGUAGUGCAUUGGAUUCAGUUUAAAACAAUUUUACUUACACUACCCAAAAUAACUUACAUUAUUUGAUCCUUAAUGAUAAAAGGUCAUGUAAUGGUAGUGUUUGGUGAAAUUGUUUUGAAUUGAAUAUAAAUUACUUCACUGAAGAGGAAUUUGAUUGGUAGGUCAUUGAAUUCAGUAUAAACGAUCCUACUUACACUACCCAAAAUAACUUACUUUUCAUCCUACAAAUGUCAGUCGAUAAACUGUAAAUGUGAGUGUAAGUUCAAUUGUUCUGAAUUGAACUUGAAUUACUGAGGGGUUUGUUGGAUAGGUUAUUGGAUUCAGUUCAAUCCCACCUACACUACACUACACUACAUUACACUACACUAGGCUACACAAAUUUACUUACAGUUGAUCUUAUAAACAUCAACAGAUCAAAUGUAUAUCAAUUUGGGUAGUGUAGUUUGAAUUGUUCAAAGUUGAACACAAUAAUGACUGUAUAUAAUUAUGAACAUCCAUAACAUUGAUCAGUAUCCAGUAUGUUGGCGGAAUCGUAAAAUAGAUGGACCAAAAUAAGCCAAAGUGAAAUACUGAUCAUUUAUUUCCACAAUUCUAUUUGAAAAUUGAGCAGUGUUGGUAAAAGGCGAAAAUUGUGUUAAUGAAGUAUUUUCUGAAAAUUUUCUUGAGGUGAAAAUUAUUUGAAUUCGGUCUUACUUACUGUACACUACCCAAAAUACAUUUGACCCAACAAAUGUUGGUAGGUCAAAUGAGGCAGUUAUAUCAUCUGCCACAUGCCUUGCUACGCUUCUGGUAUCAGAGUGCGUCAUAAGGAUUCCAGAGCUAUAUUGAUAAUUGGCCUGUUGUCACGUUAUUCAUUUUCAUGUACAUGCUGAAGUAAACAACUGGUCUGUGGAGUAAAAAUAACUGGACAUUGUUCAAUAUGUCAGUUAUUUUAUCUUAUACUAUCAGAGAUUUGAGGACACAUCCUUUUGUGAUAAUGAGUACAAUGUCUUGAGUGAAGAUGCAAUUCCUAAUCAUUUUCGAGUAAUUUGAAAUCUAGUACAUGGUUACAUUAUUGUAACUUCCCAUCGAACUUAAUAUUCUGCUCUUAAUUGAACAUGCGAGUCUUGUUUAGAAUUAACAUAACAGAUAGGAAGAAAGAAUUAUUUUUACUCUUGAGUGGUUUUGUAUUUUAACAGUGAGUUAAAUAUUCAUUGGAAUAAAGUGAAUGGGUAUUAUGGUUGAGAUGCCAACAGCCUUCACUUACAGGGAAAUCAAAUUAACGAGGUACUCUAAGUCUAUGAUAUUUUUAACAGGCCACAAUUCAGGAGAUUGAAAUGACAUACAAUGUACAUAUUAAGACAGUCUUUGUUUUAUAUGUUUGUGGCCCAAUUAGCUUAUUCCAAUUACCGGUGUAUACAGAAUAUCGGAUCAUUUUGAGUGAUAU